CUCCUACCACUUUUUCAGACUACCCUGGCACAUAUCAUAGCGAGCAGCAGCAGAAAGAACGGCACAAGGUUUGUGACACUCUCAGCCACCAGUGCCAAGACGAAUGAUGUUCGAGAUGUCAUCAGCCAAGCCCAAAAUGAAAAAAGACUGUUCAAGAGAAAAACCAUCCUCUUUAUUGAUGAGAUUCAUCGUUUCAAUAAAUCUCAGCAGGACACUUUCCUGCCUCACGUCGAAUGCGGAACAGUGACGCUGAUUGGAGCAACCACAGAAAACCCUUCCUUCCAAGUGAAUUCUGCUCUGCUGAGCCGGUGCCGGGUUAUCGUUCUGGAGAAGCUCUCGGUUGAGGCGAUGGAAGUGAUUCUGAUGAGGGCGGUCAGGUCCUUAGGGAUCCAGGUUUUGGGCCAAGGCGAACAGCACGGCAGCUCUGCGGCUGGCAGCCCCAGCGAGGGCUCGGAAUUCCCUGUGUACAUCGAGGAGAAAGCUUUAAGCACCCUGGCCUACCUCUGUGAUGGUGAUGCAAGGACUGGAUUGAAUGGACUUCAGUUAGCAGUUCAAGCCAGGUUAGCAGCAGGGGUUGCCAAAGGUUGUUCUGCAGACGGAGCUCUGAUAACAGAAGAGCACGUAAAGGAAGGACUACAGCGAUCUCAUAUACUCUACGACCGAGCAGGAGAGGAACAUUACAACUGCAUCUCUGCCCUGCACAAGUCUAUGAGAGGUUCAGAUGAAAACGCUUCCCUUUACUGGCUUGCUCGAAUGCUUGAAGGUGGUGAGGAUCCGCUCUAUGUGGCAAGGAGGCUGGUGAGAUUUGCAAGUGAAGAUAUUGGUCUGGCAGAUCCUUUGGCUUUAACUCAAGCAGUUGCUGCUUAUCAAGGUUGUCACUUUAUUGGAAUGCCAGAAUGUGAGGUCAUCCUCGCACAAUGUGUGGUCUAUUUUGCCAGAGCACCAAAGUCCAUCGAGGUGUACAGGGCAUACAGCAACGUCAAAGAGUGUCUGCGGAUGCACACAGGGCCGCUGCCGCCUGUUCCGCUGCACCUGAGAAAUGCCCCCACGAGGCUCAUGAAGAACCUGGGCUAUGGGAAGGGCUAUAAAUACAACCCCAUGUACGAGGAACCUGUCGAGCAGGACUAUCUGCCUGAGGAGCUGAAAGGAGUGGACUUCUUCAAGGAACGAAAAACAUGAUAGCCUCG